AUGGCUGCAGCUGGGAACGACCGCAAUUUCCGUUUUUAUUCCCCCUAUGCACAGCAAAAGUACAGCAGCAUCUCCUGUUUCUGGGAAACACAACCCUCAGGCUGUGUGAGGAUCAGUUGCGCCUUCCAUCAUAGCAAACCUCGUACUAUAAAUGGACUUUUUUUGCCACCCAGUAACAAUACCCCAUUGCAACUAGGUGUCCAAGAAGGGAUUCUGAGUCCAGCCCAUUGUGGAGAAUCACUCAGAAAUCAAGAGAAUAUUUUAAGACCAAUUCACCCUCCACUAGUAAUAAACUUCAACGAUGAAGAGGAGGAGGAAGAUGAAGAGGAAGAGAACUCUGUUCCUAAUUGGGUGCCUAAGAGUGCUGAAGAUAUUGAAGAGGAAAGAGCAAUAAAGGAAAUAUGCUAUAAAUCUGGAGAGUAUUACAGGAUUCAGUACCCUCCUCAACACCAAUCAACAAAAAACGUCUCUUCACCUCGGGAAAAUGAGCUGUUACCCUUGGAAGCUACCAAGAGAGACUUGCAGAAAGAAUCAAAUCAUACUGAGCUGGUAAAGGACCGUCAGUGUAAAGAAGUGAAGAAGAAAUGGAUUUCUGAGGAGACAAGAAAUUCGCCUGAUACAGUAACAGUCAAAGGAAUUCACACUUCAGACCGCAAAGUGAAACCACGUUACCAACAAAGGGGUCAAAGUAAGAAUGAUGAAACUGUGAGAGAAACUGGAAAAAAGACUUAUUUCAAUUUUUCAGAACCUCGACGAUCACCAUAUAUAGUCUACCGUACUGCCACUGUCACCCAAGAGCCAAAGUUCAAGGGAUCUACAGACAAAUAUACUUCGGGAUCUUAUAAUUCACCAACUUGGAGGAAAAGAAAUCCGCAUGCAAAAACAUUCUCAAAGUUUAAAACAAUCUCUCAGGAGUAUGCACCAAGCACAACAUACUCUGACAUGACCCAUGGUAAUUCUAUUGACUUCAACACAAUUAUUCGUAUUCUUAAAUUCAAGUGUAUUUUGACUGAUCACAGCAGAGUGGUUUCCAAGGUUUCCAUUACAGUAUGCACUGCAGCCUGCCAAAUUGAUAUUGCUCUUGGAGAUAAACGAGGAUGUAAAAUCCAACAGGACUUUGACUUUUGA